UCAUUCAGCAUAGGUAAAAUCGACAUCAUGGCUGCUACCAAGUUGCUACUACUCCUUUUUUCAGUGGUCCUGUUGGGCCUGAGCUCAGCUGAUGUCCAAGAGGAGGAACCCAUACAAGACAGCUCUGCACCGAAUUCUGAAAGUGAAGAGUAUCUGGAACCAGUACCACAGUACACUCUUCUAGAAGAACAAGACUCUAGCGAUAACCAAGGCACAAAAUCUUUAAGCAGGUCUUCAGGGAAACAAAGAAUUGGUGGAAGACAUAAACCUUCAGGUCCCCAUGGAAAUGCUUCACCAGGUGGUCCAGGCCCACGUUUUCCACUAAAAGGGCAGAAAGAUGGUGGUCAAAAAGGUAAACAGCCAAGAGAUCGUCCAUUUGGCCCACCGAAAAAGGAGCAGAGAGAUAAUCUUGUAAAGAACAAGAAAAGAAAAGGUUCAGGUGGCCAGUAAGGAAGUCAUCUACUCGCUCAUCCCAAGUGCUGGAGAAUGAAGCUGCGCAUUAGGGAGGCAUCUUUGAAGUCCUUAUGUAGAACUGGAUAUUGAGACAGUACAUGCUUCUUGAUCUUCUCCAUUUCUUUCUUUGCAAUAUCAAUAAAUAUGCUAGUAAUCAAA